AUGACUGAUGAUUCUAUGCAAUCUACUGAGUUAAACGCUGCUUUGAACUUACUUAUCCUUUCUAUGCUCAACGAGCAAGUAAAGAAAGUUUGCUUUAACAAAUGCUUUAGUAAUAAGUUUGAUGAUAAACUAGGCAAAACUGAACAAAUUUGCAUCGCUAAGUGUAUGGAUAGAAUGUAUGAAGCUCACACUAUAUUGUCCCAGGCUGCAGCAGAAAGCGCUAAGAAUAUAACAAAUGCUCUCUAG